UGACGUCUGCAGGCUGCCGGCGGGGAAGCCGGGAGGUGCGUGACGAAGGAGGCGCGUGACGAAGGAGCGGUGGGCAGAGUCUGCAGCUGCAGGCGGUAUAAACAAGGCCUCGCGCCACUGCAGGGCCUGCGAACGCUCCUGGCUGGUGGGUGGUCUCGCGCGGGGCGGUAACCGCCGACUUCAGUGGGAGGCGCUUCUCGGCUUCCCCCUGCCGCCCCCCCUUGACGUACACACCCCCGGCACACCACGUGGGCGUGGGGCGAGAAGGAGGGGGUGUUAGACCCGAAUUAUAACCUCAUUGGUUUUCGUUGCUGCCGGCUUUCGCAAGGGAACGCUCCGAUUGGUCGGUAAGGGGGGCGUCGGGGGGUCUCCGAGUCCUAAGGUUCCUGAUUGGCUUGAUGAGAUAAGCUAAUGAGGUGCUUUCUUCCGCGAGGGGUUGUGAUUGGUCGGCGGGAGAGGUUACCUGGGAAUCUACCCCCCACCCCGAGGGACUUUGAUAGACUUGGAAAAGGUUAAUGUUCCCGAAGCCCUGGGAGUUGUCACAGGCUAAAAAGAAGGGAUCUCAGUCCCUAGGAAGGGUCCUCCUAGAAAUAGCUGCUGCCCAAUCUCUGGCGACCCCGGUAUUUCUAGAGCAGACUUUGCUUUCACCAAACCCAAGGAGGUGACAGGAGGAGCCCCUGCACAGGACCUAAGGAUGCUGUAACCAGAAGAUGGGAUCACGGAACAGCAGUAGUGCAGGAUCUGGGUCCAGAGACCCCUCUGAGGGCUUGCCCCGAAGAGGGGCUGGCCUGCGUCGGAGUGAGGAAGAGGAAGAGGAGGAUGAAGAUGUGGAUCUGGCCCAGGUACUGGCCUAUCUCCUCCGCAGAGGCCAAGUGAGAUUGGUGCAGGGAGGAGGUGCAGCAAAUUUACAACUCAUCCAGGCCCUCUCGGACUCAGAGGAAGAGCAUGACAGCGCCUGGGAUGGCCGCCUUGGGGACCGAUACAACCCACCCGUGGAUGCAACCCCUGACACCCGCGAGCUGGAAUGCAAUGAGAUCAAGACUCAAGUGGAAUUGGCCACUGGGCGGCUGGGGCUUAGGCGGGCAGCCCAGGAGCACAGCUUUCCUCAAAUGCUGUACCAGAGAGAACGGGGCCUCUGCCACCAGGGAAGCUUCUCCCUUGGAGAACGGUCUCGAGUGAUGUCUCACUUCUUGCCCAAUGAUUUGGGCUUCACUGAUACCUACUCUCAGAAGGCCUUCUGUGGCAUCUACAGCAAAGACGGUCAGAUCUUCAUGUCUGCUUGCCAAGACCAGACAAUCCGACUAUAUGACUGCCGGUAUGGACGCUUUCAUAAGUUCAAGAGCAUCAAAGCCCGAGAUGUAGGCUGGAGUGUCCUGGAUGUGGCCUUCACCCCCGAUGGGAACCACUUCCUGUACUCCAGCUGGUCUGAUUAUAUUCAUAUCUGCAACAUCUACGGGGAGGGAGACACACACACUGCCCUGGAUCUAAGGCCAGAUGAGCGUCGCUUUGCUGUCUUCUCCAUUGCUGUUUCCUCAGAUGGACGAGAAGUGCUAGGAGGGGCAAAUGACGGCUGCCUGUAUGUCUUUGAUCGAGAACAGAACCGGCGCACCCUUCAGAUUGAGUCCCAUGAGGAUGAUGUGAAUGCAGUGGCUUUUGCUGACAUAAGCUCCCAAAUUCUGUUCUCUGGGGGUGACGAUGCCAUCUGCAAAGUGUGGGAUCGACGCACUAUGCGGGAGGAUGACCCCAAGCCCGUGGGCGCACUGGCUGGACACCAGGAUGGCAUCACCUUCAUUGACAGCAAGGGGGAUGCCCGGUAUCUCAUCUCCAACUCCAAAGAUCAGACCAUCAAGCUCUGGGAUAUCCGGCGCUUCUCCAGCCGGGAAGGCAUGGAAGCCUCACGCCAGGCUGCCACACAGCAGAACUGGGACUACCGCUGGCAGCAGGUGCCCAAAAAAGCCUGGCGAAAGCUGAAGCUCCCAGGAGACAGCUCUCUAAUGACCUACCGGGGCCAUGGGGUGCUGCACACCCUCAUCCGCUGCCGAUUCUCCCCCACCCACAGCACCGGCCAGCAGUUCAUCUACAGUGGAUGCUCCACCGGCAAAGUGGUUGUGUAUGACCUCCUCACGGGCCACAUUGUAAAGAAGCUGACCAACCACAAGGCCUGCGUGCGAGACGUCAGCUGGCACCCAUUUGAGGAGAAGAUUGUCAGCAGUUCGUGGGAUGGGAACCUUCGUCUGUGGCAGUACCGCCAGGCUGAGUACUUCCAGGACGACAUGCCAGAGUCUGAGGAACACCCCAGCACCCCUGCCUCAGUGUCCCACCCCUCUACAGCUUUUUCCUCACCCCAGUAGGUCUGACCUAUAGCCAAGUAUAAUGGUGAGCCUCUGCCCCUCCUCCCCCCUUUUUCUCUUCUGGGGGAUUUUGGGGGACUCAUAGGCAUUGAAUGGGGAGAAACAGAAGCCCAGGCUUCAGGGCCCUAGGUGGGCCCUGGAAGAUUCUCCCUGCAGAGUGGUCUCUUCACAUGUUCACGCCCAGUUGGCUUGGGGCUUUGGCCAGGGUCUGGCAGGACUGCUAUUAUCUGGGGUAUAACCUACACCAGCAGGGUCCUGAAUGUUUUUAAUCAUGUUUGGUUGUUAAGUGUUAGCUCCUAGGAUAGACGUGAGGGUCCAGACCUGACCUGAGCUGUCAGCCAGGUCCAUUGCUCAGGCCUUCAUGUUGAGGAUUAGGCUGGCUUAUCAGAGAGCCAAAAGUCCUGGCCUUUCUUCCAGUGGCCCUGAUGGCUAGAGCUCUAGCUCUUUAGGGGAGGGUGGGAUGGGUAAGAUGUGCCCUCAGCACCCUCUGGGGUGCAAAUUAUGUCUUCUCUCUCAUGUCUGGGUCUUUGGGGCCAGACAGGCUGUGGUGUGGGAGGCUCCAUGUGGCCCCAGAAGGGGCAGGCCCUCCCUGCCCAGUGUUCUGUCAUGUGAAGGCCAGCACUUCAAGGAGGGAUGUUGAAGUAGGACUCCGUCCUCUCACUGGCUUUGGCUCCCUCAAUAAACUCUCUGUGGGAACCUGGCUUGGUGUCUGUCUCUGCCU